AGGUGGUGUUGGUGAAAACAGUGGUGUGCCGUGCUCAAAUCACGGCAGCUUCUAACAACAAUUGCAUUUGUCGCUACUAAUCCGACAAGCCUAUCCAAAUUCAUCAUUCGCGCCCGUUACGCACGGUUCGCGUUUCGUUAUUCUUUUAUUCGCGCGAGACAGUGACAUUGAUAAUGGUUGACAGUGUAGCACACCACCAAAUAUACGCGGCGGCAGAUUGCGGUACAAUCGUGUGUUGGUUCGGUCCCAGAUACGAUAGGUCACAGAUACGAUAGCAUUCACACAAGUGCUUGGCUGUGUGCGAAUGCACAGUUGCGGCCGUGUGUACGUAGGAAGAGUUGUCACAUCGAGUCGGAAAACAUGAGGUGCAGUUCGUGUAUCGGCAGCAGCCGUCGUAGUCAAUCUAGUGACGACCAUGAAUCUACAUCGGCGCUGCGGCAAAGUAAAACAGCUGAUUUGGAGCUAGACCACAGCGGCAUGGAUCAGCCCCAUCAUCGUUCAAGCCCACCACAGUGUACUGCGUAUCGUGUAGAUUCGCCCACGGCAAAGCAAGAGGAUGCCCAUUCAUCCACGGCCAGCCAUUCGGAGCAUUACCGCCCUCCAUCGAUAACGAUCGAAGAGCUCGAUGACAAUUACGAUAAUGCUGUCGAAUACGGCGCAGAAACGCUCGGUACAGCAUCAGCAUCGACAGCGAUAAGAAACUACGAAGUGCAGCCUUCCCGUGGUGGACCGCUGGAAAUUAUACGCGAAGAGGAACACACCGACUGUAGCGACGGUGAAAAUUCACACAUUCUGCCAUCGUCCGAUAGCGCCACCGUUAGACCAUUGCCCCAGAAGGAAUGCAAAUCGACGAAAGUGAACAAAACAAGUGGAGACGAGAACGGUGCCGAGUGCGUUACUACCAAAUUCAACUCUGUGAAUGUAUUGCGCGAUUUUCUACGCUACCGAAGGCAGAGAAAACGACGACGUGGAACCUCGGCGAUUCAAAAUGCUGCACCACAGUUCCAACCAAGCGAACAGCAGGUUCCAACGACGUGUAUGCUGGUGGACGCCAGGGAGAGCAAUAUCGCACCGACCGAGUUCCGAAGUAUCUGCACCACGGAAAUAGUCAGCAGUGAAGUAUUGCAGGUCGAAGUAGUCAACAUUGGAUCCAACUCGAGCAGUCUCGAUGACCUUAGCGAUUUGGAGCAGGAAGGGCAUCCUGAUCCUGAGAAUCUAGUUUUCAUCGACCAUAUCGAAGACGACAGCGACAAUGCGAUUCAUCCUGAUCCUGACAGCGACUCAAAUCAGCAACACUGUGUAAUUGUUGGGGAUGCUUCAAAUUCUACUCUUUCUCUGAGCAACGAAGACCUGCGCCAAACAACCGAGGAUGAAGAGCAACCACCAGCUUCUUCCGACGGCACUGUGCAAAACCAUGUCCCCACCGACGACGGUCGAAGUUUGGGGGAAAAUCUUCCUACACUCAGUGAAGAUCGUGCGGCGCUUGCGCAACAGGACAAUCUACAACGAACCCAAAUGUCGGACUCUGGCACUGUUGACGAUCUUGCGAAUGGGUGUGCGUUAACUACCACCGCUGCUGGUGACGUUGAAACGGGCCACCGUGAAGAGCGUCACGACGAGGUCUCGGAUGCUGCUGAGAACAUGAGCGAGCAGAGACACACUUUCGAGAGCAACGGCGAACCAGACUCGACAGUAGUAGGGUGGUCCACCGUCGAACGUAGUAGCGCUUCGGUUCUAGUUGCCGAUCGUGAUCGCACGUCGGCUGUCGUCAGUAAUGAUGAAAAUGUCAUCAAGCCUUUGAAGGACCCGCCGUCCUCGGUGAUCGAUCGUGAUUGUGCAGCAAAGUUCGGUAUCGAUUGCACUGUGAAUCAUAGUGUUCGGGUCGGGAAAACACCGUCGGUGAUCGAGCAAACCAUGCACCCCGGAGACAAAUUCCGUGCUGCUGCUCCUGCUGCUGCUUCCGCCACCUCUACUGGUGCGAUCAUUGUACAAAAGGAAAACCAGACAGCUCGUUCCUCGCCUCCACCGGCCGCCCGUUCUGUGGCGCAGGUGGCACCAGGCACGGCAAUCCCGUUGCCUCCGCCUCCGAAGCAAGGGGCUGCAAGUGUGACUAAUCUAGGUCAACAUCCGGUCGUAUCUGCAGAAGACGGCAAAUCCGACGCACCGACCCCACCUGUACCACCGCCACCACCAGCACAGCAGCUGGUCCCUCUAACCGUAGAGGCCCUUUCGUCGUCGAGUACGGCCGGAUAUAACCCGUCGGCGAAUAAUGCUCAAGCUCUUAGUAGCGAUCAUCCUAGUCAAACUGAUCAUGCACAUGCUGAUCAAGAUAGUGCGGAAAAUUGUGUCGAUGCAGUAACAUCGGUGGAGCAGCAGCAGCAGCAGCAAGAUUCGUUGUUGAACGGCAGCACUGUCGAUGGGCAAAGUACGUUGCUGAAAUACAUACAGGCGCACAGUGCCGCCGCCGAGGAUUCAAGUGAAAAGCGUUAUCAAGGAAAAACUCAAAACUCGGCUAAAGUAGCCCCAGUCUCGACGGGCGGCAGUGAUUCGAAACGGCACCAAACGGACCAUCCCAUUCCCGUUCGCUCCGAUGCUGCCAGUCCCGGCGAGGGCAACGCCGACCGUGAAGCAAAAAUAGAACAGACCUGUGAAGAUCACGGUGGACAGAACUCGGGUGAUAGUUACGAACACACCGUGUUGCGGGUAGCCCCAAAUUUACGUAAUACUGACCAUGAAACCCCACGCACCGGGUCCGACACUGGAAUGAACAAUGUAGCGCGCAAGAAGCGUCCCAGCAAGUUCGUUGAGCCAACAGCUCCUUCCAGGGCAGAGCGUGUUUCCAAUCUGGCGCACAACACUUCCACGGUACAGUCAAAGCAAGAACCGACGACCGAGGAUUUGCGUUCAGAAAUAAGUCGCAUGAAAGAUCAGGAGCUGCAGGAUGAAUUUCGCAAGCUGGAGCUAGAAACGGCCAGAUACGAACGGGAACUACAGCAAAUCACACUACCCUUGCAAGAGUCCCACCAGCAGACCAAUGGCAAAUACUCCAAACAAUAUUUCGUUUCGAAACAAAACGAUUUUGUAAUAGAGCGAUCUAGCCUGUCAAGCGUUAAAACUUCGAACAUGGUUGGUGUUACGAAUGGUGGUGUAAGUCAGUCAGACAUCCGGAAGCACGGUGAAAGGGUCGCUGGAGCACAACAAGAGACGAAAAGUUGUACAGAACAGCGUCCCGUUCCCGUGCCUCCUCCACCGCCUGCAGCAGCUUCCACCGAUUCCUCCAUUGAUAAUGAAGAAUUCUUUACCAAGAAAGUUAAAGAUCGUGUGCGUGAUCUAAUGGCCUCUCAGGCUGCGGCUGAGGAAGCAAAGAACGCAGCCAAGAUGCGUGCGGGCGGCGGUUUUGCUAGUGCCCCUUCGACGCCGACUGCGAGCCGGAAGCACAUAGAAGCGGAUUUUAAAGAGUUUAGGGAAAUGCGUCAGCGAGAAGCGUUUGCCGAACGGAAGUCACUAGAAACCACCAACAACGUACCAGCGAAGCCGCAGCAGCAGCAACAACAGCACCAGCCUCGUGCUCCUACCGUGCGAAACUUUUCACCGUCACGAAUUCCUCUCGCCACGUCCAAAACUUCCUUCGUGUUGCAUAGAAAAACGAACGAUGCACAGGGCUCGACCAGCACGGCCAAGGAACCUAGCCCCGAAUCUAAGGCCCAGACAGCGGAGGCAACCGAUGCUGAAGAGAUUAAAGUAAAUGUAGCAGCACUAAUUGCUACUCACCAAGAAAAGCAGCAACUGAGCACAUUGCCGCCAAAUGCACACAGCUCGAGCAAGGUGGCCGCUGCUGCUCCCACUCAGCAUGUGGAGCCUGCGGUACAGAACGGCCCAGCAUCCGACGAACUGGUAGUUAGCGUUAGUGACAAGUGCCAACAGUUCGAACAGCGCAUUCGGCAGAACUCACUGGACGCCGGUGUGUGUGAUGUGACGAAUCCGCGCAGGACCUGUCCCAGUGACCAACCGCUCCAGCCGCAGAAACCGGGUACGACUCAUGGUAUAUAUGGCGAUGUUUGUUGUGAUGCUGUGGAUAAUGGUUCCCUGCCCGGGAUUGACUUGCUGCAUGAAAUCGAUCACGCGCUAGUGCUUGCCAAAGAUUUCUUGUUUACUCGCGGAGUAUGGUCACCCUUUAAUCGCUCCACAGAAGUCCUUACCAAAGAAGAACUUGCCGAGCGAACACAAAACAAAUCCAGCGCAUCACAACAGCAACAGCCUGCCGUGUGGACACCGCGAAGCGCCCCACCAUCACCCUUAUCCGAACGGCGCGAAUUCCGUCGGAUUGGAUUCGAAACGCCACCACCAACCCAAAGAACGUCAACUCCAACUCCUGCCAACGCAGCGUCAGUGGUAACGCCUCCUUGGAAUCAGCCAGGCUACAAUCCGCCUCUGGCAGUGUCAGAACAGCCGAAGCCGAUCUCCGGUCAAAGUUCUGGAGUAACUGGACCCAACGCCAUCAGGCCAACGCCGAUAGCAACAACACCACCACCACCACCACCUGGACAGGGAGGGUAUCAAGUACGCUUUCCAAGAUCUACCAACUCACAAGAACCAACGAUCAAUUCUCUACUGAAAUCUAAAGAUGGAAAGACAGCGACCAUAAAUGGUUCGGCGACGUCGGAGAGUCUGAAAAAGGGCUCAACGAUAACUGCCAGUACGAUACGCACUUCAUCGUCUUUGACCAAGCUCGAUAACGUGGUCGAUACCAGCUAUGCCAGCAGUCAACCUCCACCAAUAAGACCUAAGCCAGAGCCAUCGAGUGCCACUUUACAUGCGAGAAGUGACUCACAGGAACGCAAAAUGCAACAGUCAGCACCGAAGGUCGAAGGAAUCGGGCCUAUUUCCCGAGAAGGAAUGCCACUCACGUUACGAUCUGAGAUUGACGAAGGAAACCGCGACAAGUGGUACAAGCAAAUGUACCAAACACUCCACAAAACACACGAUGAUGACGAUUACGUUACCGUUCGAUACAAAACUCGCAGAGGAUACCCGUACAAAUCGACUGGCUAUCAGUCGGAGCCGGAAGCGAACUACGACUCGGACUACACUAUCAAGUAUAGCACCCUUGACCGAAGACGCACUCCUGUUGGCUUGAGUCCCACCAGCUACAACAAAUUCAGCACGCAGCAAAGCGCACCUACAACACCGCAACCGUACCACCAUCAGCAGUCGGUCAAAUCGGGCCAUUCGGCGUACAAAAACCAACCGGGAAGAAUCGAAGAUUACACACCGGGACGUUCGUCGAUCUCGGAAAAAGAAUCUAAAGAGUGGUGGGAUGAAGUAAUGGACAUUUUUAACGGGCAACUGGAACAUCAGAAGCUUACCACUAGCAAGACGUACACCGAGGGAAAUUUGUCCAGAGCCCUUAAGGAGCAGGGAUACGAAAGUGAUUCGACGCUAGUUUUUCGAAAACGGGAACCGACAGCCAGUGCAGCGCUAAGUCCGGUCGAGCAAAAGCAGCACUACAAAACCAUGCAAGCUGGAGGCGAGAUUCCACUGCAAGGUUUCCGUAAACCUGCCCCAGAAAGGCCAAAAGAUCGUAACGAAGAAGCAAUCGAAUCGGACUUGGUGGUGGAAAUUAAGGAAAACAAUUGCGACAGCAACUCCAACAUCGCCUAUGCAGGCGACAGUAACACUAUCGCUUGCUAUCCGAUCACCAACAUCCAUCGACCGCUGGACAUGUUCGGAUCGUUUCCCAAGGAGUCGCGAACGUUCGUACCGCCGGUACCGCCAAGCCGAAAAUCUUCGCGCAGCAACUCAACGCUGAAGAUCAUGGCCCAGGUGAAAACCAACACGUUCAAUAGACGUACGAUGUUGGAGCGUACGACAACAACAACCACUUCGGCCGCUAAUCCUCACAAGUUCCGCUCGAAGUCUGCCGGACCACUGCUGUUCGGCGGAGGCGCCACGUCAAGCUCCUCGAUCAUGUCCAUGUCCGCGUCGAUGAUGAAGGAAGAGAAAAAUCAGGAAAACAAUACACGUGUCGCUUCUAAACGCUCCACGGUGGCGGCUUACCGUGCAGGCUCGAGCAGUCCCACCGGACAGGCACGCAAACCGAGCCAAAGUCCGGUGGCAUUCGGUCGGGGCAUCUCGAAGGAACGUACGUUUGCCGAAGAAAAGAAGCGCAUCGAGGAGAAGCUGCCCAAGAUUGUGUCCGUGUCAACGAGCAUUUUACGCAACCCGGAGCUUAAGUCUCCGAACGAAGUGAAAAAGGCGCUCCGGAGUUCGUACCUUCCAAUCGUGGGAAAGGUGGAAACCGCGGAAGGAUCAUCGUUGAAGCGUUUCUCCUCCAGUGGAACAUAUCGAAGUGCGUCCAGCAUUUACUCGUCUGAUAAGAGCCUGAACAGAGUGCUAUCGCCCGCGUCGAACCAUAAGAAGGAAGAAAAGUCCUUCAAGGUUUCCAUCGCAACAGCGCCGUCUUCUAAGGGCAAGGACACUUCGCUGCAAAAAAGAUCUCUCAAUCGGAAAUCAAACACCGGCCGUGCACCGACCAUUACCAUCAAAACCAGCUUCCAAAAGGCGUCGAAAGCGUUCGGACUCAAAACCACCUCAUCUUCCAACCAAAGUCUCGCCCGCUCCUGUUCGACGUAUUCAAUCGAUUCCACGGCGUCCAAGUCUCGUAGGUCACGCAUUUCGUACGCUCCAUCGGCGUCCAACACGCUAGCAACGACCAGAAACUAUCGCCAAACACCGCAGCGAGUAGUUGUGGGAAGUAGCUUCGAUCGUGGAAUAAAAACUCUCAAAACCAAGUCUCCUGCAGUGGGUAUACAGCAGAGCGCCUACAGCCAGAGCAUUGUUCAGCAGAAGGAAAACCUGCGUUCCGAUGCCUUUUUCCAGAAGCUUUUCCUGCAGACAUCUUCACCCAACUUCGACACGGACGAGAAGCCGCCGACAAGCGUACUAGAAAAGGCUCACCACUGGAACAAACUUACCUGUCGUUCGGAACCUUCGCUCAAACAAUCGAACUACUAUCUGACACAAGCGAAACCCGUAUCGUCUUCCAAAUUCAAAACCAAGGACAACCAUGACAGCGCGAAAGUAGCGACAGAAUAUCAAACCGUCCGUCAGGUAGGUCCUGACGUGAUCGAGCAAGUGCAUCGGUUCGAAUCGAUGAUGAAGCUGACGGAAGAUCAGCCCGAGGAUCAGCAAAACCAGUUUGGUUACGUGCGUGGACGACGGAUGGAAAUCGACUUCAGCUUUCAUGAGCGUAGUCGCAGUGAGCCACCAGCGCAAACGAUGACCACCACCACCACCACCACGACCAGUACGACAAUACAGGAAGAGCUGAUCGGUACCGAUUCUCCCAGGACGAUUGUUGGACGCCGGUGCCAGAUCGCCCAGCGCACGUCGCGAUCUCCUUCCUGCCGCCGUAUACAAUAUCUGAAAGGCAAAGAAGGGCAGGUGAAGAAAAUCAUUCGAGCACGCAGUCUGAGCGGCAACGCUGGACAGCGCGAACGAGGGGCAAAGUCGAAGGAUGAGCUGGUGCGCAGCCAUUCGCUAAAUCUUAGCCAAGAACCAUUGGUCUCCCGUAGCCGUUUUCGCGAUCUGAACAAUUUCUACAACAGCUUGGAGCGUCUCGGGCAGCUAGAGCGCGUCACUUCAUCCUCAUCUAACGAUUUACGACCCUCGCGACGUACGCGCGAAGAAGAAAUAAUCGAUUACGACCUCUGGAAGCGGGUGCGCGAUCAAGAGAAGGCAGAGCGGGAGCUGAACCAACUGAAAAGCAAGCUGAAGCAAGAUCAGCGCGAAAAGGAUUUGUUCUUCUUACCACGCGAUCCGGAAGACGUGCGCUGGAGAAGCGAUCAGGACACAGGGCUGCGCAAUCGUGAAAAAUCGGUAGAGGAUCUAAAGUGCAUCCUGAACGAGCAGGCCCUCAACUUCGAGGAUGCCAAACUGCGCGAUCUGGAAAAUCGAAAGGAUUACUACAAACCACUGUGGCGCGGAUCGUCCGUCAUUGAUGUGGCGUCUCAUCUGGAGGAAAAGUAUUCUACCACGGGCGAAAAACGGGACGAGCCUCAGUCGCUUGACAUUAUCAGCAGCAAUCUGCUCAGCACGCUGUCCUUCGAGCAGAUGAAGAAGCUGAAGAACCAGCUUAGUGAAAUUUACAGCACCGGCACGCAGAAAGAUCCGACAACGGUGUGCCGGGCCACCGCACAAGUGCACCAGCAAGAGGAAUACGUUAUCAACGUGCCGGAACGAGUCAGUAGACUCGAGACGCUGCUCAAGGUGCGUAGUCAUUCGGUGCUUACACAGGACAAGAUCAAUGAAAGCCAUCUUCGAACGCAAGUGACCGCCUUCGGGAAGAAAUCGAGCGACAAAAGCGAUCGAGUGUUGCCGAAGAAGUUUGAAAGCAACUCCCUACCUUCCAAGGCAGUCGACCGUGAGGCUCUCUCACGAACUCUUUGUCAAGAGUUGAAGGAUAAGAUUCUGGAGAAGCAUCACACACUACCAUCGAUCGGCAAAAAGAAGAAACAUGCCCGACCCACAAUUCUUACGACGGAAACGUCUCACUUCCUGUCGCUAGAUAGUAAUCUAAAAAAAGCCAGCGAUACCAAACCUGCUCCCCAGCCUUCCCGCGACGUAGCACGUAAGGAACGCGAAAAGGAGUUCGAGGUGAUCGUACGCAACGAGCCUUCAAAAUCUUACUGCGAUACGGAAAGCAUUUCUUCCGAAACGUCCAACAAAACCGUCAUCUUCCGCAGUCAAUCGAUGGCCCAAGCGGUCGACGUACCACCAGUGGAGGACAUCAAAACCAAGAUCAAAUAUUUUGAGGAAAAGCAAGCGAUCGAUGAAACGCCUACGGUCACAAUUUAUCAUGCUCGCGAAGAUUCGUCCCUUUCCGAGAAUGAGUCCGGGCCGCAGCGAGAUGAUGAACACGGCAAGACAAUCGCUGCUAAAGGGACAUGCAGUUCCAUGAUAACGCUUUCCCAAUCGUUCACCGAUCUGAAGGAUCUGUUUGGAGAGAAGCGAUCCGUGUCCUGCUCCACCUACACUGCCAGCACUUCCCAAGAUUCGAAGCGAAGCUCGGCUCGAAAAUUGUCCCCCAAGCGGUUCACUCUCCGCUCACGCAGCACCACCCCGGACUAUGCCACCUGCAUACAGACGGGCGAGGUGAAAAAGAUCAAGGACAAGUUUGAAAGCUUGGACGUGAACAUAUGGCGCCAAUCGGCAGCCACGUCUGCCAGCCCGGAACGUCAGUAUCAGAGUGACUCGGAGCUAGGUCGCCACCCGUCCGGAGAGGACGAGAAGAAAACGAAUGAUGGCACGGGGAUGCGACAGUGCAAAGCGGCGACAGGAUCAACGAUCGUGCGUCACCACGAGUCCGGAGACGUGUCCCGCAUUACGCACAAAUAUGAAGCCCAGUCGGAACGUGCGCGGACCAGGAAGUCUCGCAAGGAACGCGUCAUAUCACCCAUUCCUAAGAAUCCCUUUCGCAAGGACGAUCGCUUUAUGCCGCACAUAAACGUGAUCAGCAAGACGGCUUCGCUCAAGCGAGAAAUAAAGCCAACGCGAACUUCCAACACACAUCAACCGGCGGCAGCUGCAAAACAACAACCGGCCGCUGUGCUCCAGUCCGCCCAGUUGCCAAACGUAUCCGCCGGCAGCAAUCGGCGUAGUGCGUCCUCCGGUAGCGAAGAGUUCGAAAAGCUUAAAAGUAAGUUUGAAUCGGGUGAGCAGCUUUCACUGCUCGGCAAGAUGUACACCUCCGUGCCGGACAUUCGUGAGUUGAAGGACAUUUCGGGCUAUCUGUCCGGCGCCUGGAUUGCGCACCAGUUUCCCCGGCCGACCGACAAUGCACGCUCGCUUGCCGCACCGGACCAAUCGCCCCCGGGCAGACAGAUCGUCCGCAAGGGAUCGGCUCCGAGCCCGGAUCGGUUCCACCGUCACCAUUCUUUCCGCUUCCACACGCAUCAGCCUGAGACGCUUCGCAUGCACUCCUCACCUUCACCGCGACAGUCCUCCGACAGCAAGACGCGACACAAACGUAACGGUAGCGAUGGUGUCGAUGGUUUCCUUAAGCAAUUUUACACGCCCGACGGUGGCGAUACGCCGUACCACGAUCAGAAGGAUAGCUGGGAAAAGUCGAGAUCGAGACGCCGUCUUGAAGUCGAAGCGCUCUGGAGAAAGAUACAGGCAAUGACGGGCAACACGCCGACCGCAGGGACGGACGUGCCGGUCGACAAACCGUCCGUUACAUUCGAAGAGUCUCCGCGUCGCUACAUUGAGAGCGAUGUCAACAUCCACUACAAAACGCCGAUCCGGUUCGAGUACAAGGAGCCCAUACCGGACGACGAGCUGGCCCACCGCCAGGCCGAGCAUAUGCGGCGCGUGUACCAGGAAGAGCGCCGCCGGAAGUACAUGCACGAGCUAGAGGAUCUGCACUCCCGGCGUCACAUGGACAACAUUUUGCCUUCACAGAAAUCUCCCAUCCCGCUGAACCGUUACGAUGACUUUGCGGCCGACCUGUCCCCGAAGCCGCAAAUCGUCCAGCAGCCCAAGACGAUUGCGCGUGCGUUGUACAAUUUUCAGGGCCAAAGUAUACGAGAGCUUUCUUUCCGGAAGGGCGACAUCAUUUAUCUGAGGCGUCAAAUCGAUAAAAAUUGGUACGAAGGAGAACACAAUGCCACCGUUGGUCUUCUGCCGGCAAAUUACAUCGAGAUUAUCUCCAGAGACAACUUCAACGUUAGACCACUUCCCAAAAAGCCCUCGCGAGAAGGCAAGGCAAGGGCAAAGUUUAACUUCACAGCUCAAACUGCCGUCGAACUGUCGCUGCUGAAGGGUGAACUGGUGACGCUUACCAGACGAGUGGACGAUAAUUGGUUCGAAGGAAAAAUUGGCAGCAAGAAAGGAAUCUUUCCUGUAUCGUAUGUAGAGAUACUGACCGACAUUGAUGGCGAGGAAAGCUACGACAUCGAACCGAUUGUCAGCCGUCCCCAGUCCGCUCUUGGCGUUACAAGUCAAUCAUCGCACGCACUCACGACGCACUACGACAAUUCGCACACAAACGGCCGUAUUUCGCCCGGAGUAGUGCGAGAAACGAAGACGAUUCAGAAAACGGAAGUCCUGCACGUGGACACCUCCAACGAACCUAUAUCUUAUCGAGCGCUAUACAACUACAAGCCACAAAACACCGAUGAGCUGGAGCUGCUCGAAGGGGAUGUAGUUUAUGUGUUGGAGAAAUGUGACGACGGUUGGUACGUCGGCACGUCCGCCCGCACCGGAUGCUUCGGAACGUUCCCCGGCAAUUACGUGUCGAAAAUGUGAGCUACACAGAGGGACAGCACAUGAAGGAUUUGGAAUUCACGCGCCGAACGAUGCGCCCGGCAGCUUAUUAUUGGCAUCAUCAUCAUCACCAUCCUGCACAUGGGCGGCCGGCACAAGUGUGUUAGCAGCGUGUUAAAGCACCGAAAGCAGAGCAGACCAAGCAACGCACCCUUGCCAACAACAAUGAACGUUUCGUUUGUGAUGCAACAAAGAGUAAUACCAAAAACAAAAACAAAACACACAAAUCACAACAAAAACAAGGACAACUAAUACUAUCACAGUAGUGUCUUGCUAGUCAUAGUCGUAGAUACUAUAUUUAACCAAACAAAGCGCUGCUCGAUUAUGCGUCCAAAAUUAAUUCAAACGGCGAAGAGAGCAACUUAAGCAAGUAGAGCAACAUCAAGAAAGUCGUCUACUUUUCUCUCGUUCGUUUGGAGCUUUUAGCAAAACACAAGUGCCUGCAAGCAAGCAAUUACGAACCCUGUUGUUGAAUGAUGUGUACCCCGUCAUAGGUCAGGAUAUUUGAAUCACUGUGACUGAUAAAUUCGAACGGGCCUUAAGGACUCAGUUUCAUGCGAAGAGAUUUCGAUUACACAAAAGAAAAAACACAUUUGCGUACCCGACGUACAGUGAUUGGUUGUAUUGUGCUUUCUGCAUAACGGAAUCAAACGCUAACCAUCGCUAACAUGUCCUGUGAACUAAUACGUUUUUUUGCCAAGGAUAUCUCAUGAAGCAGCUGUUUUAAAAUGCAAAAUAGGGAAAAGUUUUAGAUUCGAAUUAACACACACACGUGACACACCUACUUACAACAGAAACGAGCAUCUCUUGCGCGCCUUUUGCAGUGCAUUAACACACAGUUGAUACUGGGUAGUGGGUUUUACCUGAGCGUAACCGUGUUUUUUAACGUCUCGUAAAGUUUUAAUGUUGACGAAAGGAAUCAGUCCACCAGCUUAACCUCUCUAACAGAUGUUCACUACCGUCGUACGAUUAGCAACAUAACAAACUCACACAUACACACACACACGCAUACAUCACAUUACACACGGUUAACCAGCGCAAAAACCACCAUUGGAUACUUAACCAUUUUGUUUUGUCAUUAAGAUGUUCACCAAGUGUAUCUACCUGAUAGGCUCUAACGACACGUAACUGUUUGUUAAAUGAAGUGAUUCAAUAAUAAAUAAAAUACCGACAACUACUAAACGGA